CCGCCUCAGCCGGGCUCUCCUUCUCCACGUCACGGCCCGGACCUUCGAGAUGGCGGCUCAGAAGAUAAAUGAGGGGCUGGAGCACCUCGCCAAAGCAGAGAAAUACCUGAAAACUGGUUUUUUAAAAUGGAAACCAGAUUAUGACAGUGCUGCUUCUGAAUAUGGAAAAGCAGCUGUUGCUUUUAAAAAUGCCAAACAAUUUGAGCAAGCAAAAGAUGCCUGCCUGAGAGAAGCUGUUGCCCAUGAGAAUAACAGGGCUCUUUUUCAUGCUGCCAAAGCUUAUGAGCAAGCUGGCAUGAUGCUGAAGGAGAUGCAGAAACUCCCUGAGGCCAUUCAGCUGAUUGAGAAAGCCAGCACGAUGUACCUAGAGAACGGCACGCCCGACACAGCAGCCAUGGCGCUGGAGCGCGCCGGCAAGCUUAUAGAAAACGUAGAUCCAGAAAAGGCUGUACAGUUAUAUCAACAGACAGCUAAUGUGUUUGAAAAUGAGGAACGGUUACGACAGGCAGUUGAAUUACUAGGAAAAGCCUCUAGACUGUUGGUACGAGGACGCAGGUUUGAUGAGGCAGCACUUUCUAUUCAGAAAGAAAAAAAUAUUUAUAAGGAGAUUGAGAAUUAUCCAACUUGUUACAAGAAAACAAUUGCUCAAGUCUUAGUUCAUCUCCACAGAAGUGACUACGUGGCUGCCGAGCGGUGUGUCAGGGAGAGCUACAGCAUCCCAGGGUUCAGCGGGAGCGAAGACUGUGCUGCGCUGGAGCAGCUCCUUGAAGGCUACGACCAGCAGGACCAAGACCAAGUGUCCGAGGUCUGCAACUCGCCGCUUUUCAAGUACAUGGACAAUGAUUAUGCUAAGCUAGGCCUGAGUUUGGUGGUUCCAGGAGGGGGAAUCAAGAAGAAAUCUGCAGCACCACAGGCUAAGUCUGAAGGCGCCACGGCCCCCACUGCGGAGGAAGACGAAGACGAGUACGCAGGAGGCCUGUGCUAGGGCCUUGCUUUGCCGCAGAAAGGAAGAGAAGAGUCCUGACACGCCAUUCAUGGACUUGGACCUUGUCUAAGGGGAUCCAGACUUCAUUGCAGUAGUGGUUUUGAAAAUGCUAAUAAAGACCCUUGUUUAGUCAUCAUUUCCCUAAGUACCCACUAUGUGAAAACACUUUUUUUUCUUUACAUAAGAGCCUUUCUAAGACAUCAGCAGGAAUUAACAGAAAAAUAUACGGUCACAUUUUAAUACAGUUGAUUUUUAAAUUUGCAAGCCACAAAUUGUGUUCUAAAUAAAAGGGACACUAGGCAUAGAAAUUCUUUUUUCUUGGGCUUUUGUGAUUUAUUGUUAGAGGAUUUCCUUUACAUUUUAUUUAAUAAUUGCUGCUAAAAGUGAAGUUUACUGAGUUAAACAAAGUAGUAUUUUAAACUUUUGUUUUGAAAAGGAAGUUUAUCCCCAUUGAUAUUAGAUACAUCUAAAUUAUCAAAUCUUUAAAUCUUUUCAGAGGUAAGACAGGGACAGGACCCAUGAGCCUUACAAUAUUAUUUAGCCCAUAAAAGGUAUGUUUAAAGUCUUAUGUUGUAAGUUGAAAGUUUUGAAGCUAUAUUCAGCUCCUUUCUGAAAUACAUUUUUUCCACCAAAAAAACACACAGCAGCUGUCUCCAAAUCCAUUUGGUUCUUGGCUAAAUGGGAACUAAUGAGGACUAUUGUGCAUUCUAACAAAUAGGUAAUGUUCCCAUCAGUCUAGAAUAUAGACCUUUGUUCCCUCCGAAAUAAUGUGAUUCAUCUAGAGCUGUGGCGGGACAGUUAAUGUGGCAUGGGGACACUCUGUAUACCGCAGGCGUGUAGCUGAAUGGGAAGAACUGUUUCGGAGGUGCUUCUGUUGAGAGGACUGAGCUGCCAAUAUGUCAGUUCUUGUAGGCAGUCCUAGAAAGCUAUUUGUGAAGCAUUCCUUUUUCAUGCAUGCGGCUUGGCCCCAUCUCCAAAUCUAUUCACUGAAGAGAGGCACCCGUCAGCAGCAGCGUGCGUUCUGCAGGCAGAUGCCACCCAGAGUGGUCCCCGUUUACAUAGCCCAUCUGCCUCUUCCCAGAGCCGACCUUCUCCAAGUGCAGGUGCACAGUUUGCUGCUCCCUGAAGACGCCAAGGUCCAUCCUGAUGUCUGGUUUUAGCCACAGCUGGUUCUGAGGGAGAGGAGGACUUAGCCAGGAUGGCAUCUUCUGUGGCCAGUGCGCUUGGCUGGGGGGUGGGAGGGUAGAAGUUGUUAUUGAAGAUCUGAUUUAAAACAGUAACAAAUUUAAUGCUUUGAUUCUUCAAGUUACUUGCAUAGUUCUGCGGCAGCAGCUCAUUUUCAAUAAUUGUGUGGAGACGAACUUUUGAACAAUCUCAGUGAGGCUGUAUUUAGACAUUUGUACUGAAUGGCAUAGUAAUACUUCCGAGAGCCCACCACUGCUGCUGGGCCCUUUAGAUCCAGUCGGAAACUUCGGGAGUCUCAUGUUCAUGCUCAUGUGAGCUAAGCAACCAUCUGUCUAAACCGAUUCGGCAGCACUUAAAAGGUAUUUUGGACCAUUUGUUUAUAGAUUACAUUACCCAUUGCAGCCUUGGAAAAGUUAAGUUUUACAUAUUAAAAAUGAGUAAUUCAGUGCAUUCUGUAUCAGCAGGGCAGCUGACCUUUAACAACAUGAAAGGCUCUAUUUCUUUCAAGUGCAGCCUCUCCCCCCCCCCCCCCCCCCCCUCCCCCCCCCCCCCCCGCCCACACUUAGGAACUAACAAGCCAGGACUUGGGGAUAUUUCUUUGAUGUCAGGGUUAUUCUGUGUGGUGUCCAGGAAAGAGCCCUCGUUCCAUCUUCAUGCAUUUUAUUUUUCCAUGUACAGAAGUCUUUAUCCUGAGAAUGUGGUCAGAAGUGGGAAACGUGUGUGUUUACAACAGGAAAAACUUUUCCAGAACUUGUGUCAUCACUUUUACCAAAGUGGAAGCCUGCAUGAAUAUGCUCAGAAUCGAAUACUCAGUGUUCUAUUAUAUUGUAAGUGAAGUCAAUCUAGAAAUAUAUUUAAUAUAUUGAAUUUAUUUGUACAUACGCAGAAUAUUAUGGUAUUUGUGUAUGGAAUCUGUGCUUCCUAUUUUUUCCAGUUCUUUGAUGAGUAAAUAUUAAAUGUGUUGUUAUGGAAAUGUAGAUUAUUGCUUAUAUGGGAAGAUAAUUAUGAAAAUAAAACCUGAAACUAUGUAA